AUGGCGGAGCAAGAAAAUAUUUCAGAAUUGGAAAAUGUUGUUAAUCCUGAUCCAUCGACGCGUGAAGACUCAAUGGAAGGUGGGAUGGACCUUGUUCAGGCCGUAGUGGCCGAUCAAGGUUUUAUUGCGAAACUUUCUUCAGCGAUUAUGGCGCAAAUGGCUCCGCAAUUGUUAAAGCAAAACUCUACAGUGCUUCAAGGCCAAGCAGAUGUUCAAAAUUCCGGAGUAUCUUAAGAUCAAACGGGUACACAAAAUCAGACUCUUCCCGGAGUAUCAUACGAUCAAACGGGUUCAAAAGAGCAAUCAAAUCCCACCGUAUCAUACGAUAGGUCGGGUACAGCUCCUAAGCGAGGGCGUACGCCUGUAAUACGGCUAGACGACGAUGACCAUGUGCCAGCCAAGCGAGUUCGAAGAUCGGACGAUGUCAAUUUUGACGAUGAUGUUAAUUAUGAGUUGGAGGAGUUAGAAACAGAGAACAUUCUCUCUCCAAACUCUCGAUGGGAAGCUAGUGCGACUUUAUCGCAGUUUCUCGAAACAGCUGUAAAACGGUUAAAUAAAUUUGAGAGGAAAACCUUGGUCAAAACUUACCCAAGACCAAACGUGGACGCUGUGUACACGCCAGCGAUGGAUGAAUACCUAAAGCCUUUCAUCCAAGGAGUAGCAACACCUGAUAAACCGCAUAAAGAUUUACAGGAUAGUGUUCUAGAUUUAUUUGGUCCUCUGUGUACAGCAUAUGAAAAUUUGUUAUCCAUGGAAAGCACCAUGACAUCUGAUGGGGUGGUUGAACUGAAUGCUACUGGUCUCCGUAGCUUCCAGGAGUGUCUCAAACAUGCAUUGCUGUUAACUGGAGAUGUAGUUGCUCGAAUUUCCACAAAUCGUCGGGAAGUUGUAUUGAAAAAAAAAUAAACCCCCUAAUGGUGUCGUUAGCUCAAGAAGAGUUCUUUGAUACAAAUCGGAAUUUGUUUGGAUCAGGUUUUGAACAACGGCUCAAAACAAGAUCUGAGACUGCAGAGACUAUCGGGAAAGCAUCUCGAGCAGGCAACCCCUUUCUUCGUGGGGCGGCCUCCAGGGGAUUCCACAGACCUCGUGGGGGCCGACAAGGAUUCAACUUCAGGACCUUUCGCCCAUUCAGUCCCAGAGGGACCAUGUUCAACAGGGGGAACAGAAACCGAGGCCGUGGCUCAUUUCCAAGAUUUACAAAUCCCCAGACUUACAAGUCGUUCCACCAAUAAAGAAAUUCAGACCAGACUGUUUACCCAAAGGUAUGUUUUCAGAACUUUUUCAGGGCAAUUUGACUCAAAAUAUACCUCAAACGGGGCGCUGAACGUUUUUCACCCCCGCAUGGGAAAUGAUCACACAGGACCCUUGGAUCCUGCAGGUCAUCCAGGGUUACCAGAUAGAACUUGUAACUCCUCCAGUGCAACAGUCCAUUACCAAAGCUUUCUUCAACACAAGAGACUGUGUUGGAGCAAGAGGUAAAAGAAUUGUUGAUGAAGCAGGCAAUUCAUCCAGUACAAUCCCCAGAGGCAGGAUUUAUAAGUUCUAUCUUUGUGGUGCCCAAGAAGGAUGGGGGGAAUCGUCCAGUAGUAAAUCUAAAACCCCUGAACCAGUUUCUAGGCUACGAGCAUUUCAAGAUGGAGGGCAUCCACAUGUUAAGGGAUCUAUUAAAGAAGGGAGAUUUUCUCGUGAAAAUCGACCUCAAGGAUGCUUACCUGACAGUGCCAAUUUGGAAAAACCACCAAAAAUAUCUUCGGUUUCUUUGGAAGGACACCAUGCUGGAGUUUGCAUGCCUUCCUUUCGGUUUGGGGACAGCGGCAAGGGUUUUUACCAAGCUUAUGAAGCCGGUAGUAGGGGCAUUGAGGCAAAGAGGUAUUCGCCUAAUUAUAUAUUUAGACGAUAUCCUAAUUAUGGCCGAAUCUCACGAUCUAGCAUUACAUCAUGCGGCCUCAACUCUGAAUCUCCUAUAGGGGCUAGGCUUCUAGUAAAUUACCAGAAAUCACAACUCUUGCCUUGCCAAGAGAUGGAAUUUCUGGGGUUUUUGAUAGAUUCAAACGCCAUGACACUCCAACUUCCAGGAGAAAAGUUGCGAAAAAUAUAA